CAGCACCUCGUCCUUUUCCAGUCAUCAUUCGCUGAGUAUCAACCGUUUGAUGUUGAUCCGGUCACUAUCAGAGUUCAAGAAAGCGAUCAAAAAGGAGAAAGUUGACAUCAAACGAGUAGAUGAGGACAACACGUCUCUUCUCCACUGGUUUUGCUCGUCAGGAAGGCAAGAUAUUGUUGAAUAUCUUCUUCAAGUGGGCGUACUAAUUACUGCGAACAAAACCAAUCACCAGACUCCAUUACAUUGUGCAGUCGAUUGCAAUGACAAGACGGAGGAUACAAAGAGAGCGAAUAUUGUACGGUCGCUGAUUGUUGCUGGAGUAGAAGUGGAUCAACAAGAUGUGAAUGGUUGGACAGCUUUAAAGCUCGCCUGUCGUUCUGGAUUGUAUGAGUGUGCCUACUAUUUACUCAGCAAUGGAGCAGAUGCUGAAAAAUGUGAUAUUGAGGGCAAUACUGCUCUGCACAAUGCUGUUUGUCAUUUUACUACAACACGACUUCUUCUCUCAUAUGUUGAUAACUUUGAUGUUGUAAAUUAUGAGCACAAUACUCCACUCUUAUUAGCAGUGUGUAGUGGGUCAAAGGAAAGAGAACAGACUAUACGCCUUCUUAUCAAUUCUGGAGCUGAUGUGAACAAGGAGAAUGCUUAUGGUCAAUUUCCUAUGUGGUUGGCUGCUAAUCGUAAGGAUACGAGCAUUAUUCAGAUUCUUCUAGAUGGUCGAGCUGAUGUGAACAAAGUUGAGCCACAAGAGAAAACUACAGCUCUCCAUCGUGCAGUAAUCAAUAAAACAUGGCCUGUUUGUGUUCUACUGGUGAGACAUGGGGCAGACAUUGAUCUUCCUGAUGCAAAAGAAAUGACAGCUCUUGACUAUGCAAAGAAAUUUCAUCCUGAAAUGGCAGAGCAAAUGAAAGCUGAAUCUGCAGAACAGAAAUCAAAGGCGAGUACUUCAGUGUUAGAAGCUUUGUUUGAACAACUUGCUGGAGGACAUUUUGAUCAUCUGGAGCAGCUAUUAGAAAAUCUUCCAGAUGUGAACUUGCAAGCCAAAGGCUGUAAUCUCAUACACAUGGCAGUUGUUCAUUAUCGAUUUGAUGCUAUUGUGUUGCUUCAACAGAAGGGAGCUAAUUUCAAUGUUCAAACAUUUGAUGGCAAUACUCCAUUACAUUUAACUUGCCAAUGGCCAGACAAACAACACGAGACAUUACGAAUACUGAGAUUUCUGGUAACUAGUCAGGUUCAACUGGAUAUUAAGAAUUCAUCUGGAGAAACAGCACUUUUCCUGGCAGCAGGAGCUGGUCUUACUGAUCACGUUUACUGUCUUCUUGAUGCUGGAGCUGAUCCUCGCCAAGGCAACAAUCGAGGUCUUUUGCCAUUACACAUUGCAUGCUCAAGGCCAGAGACAGUGCAGUGUAUUCGCUAUUUGUUGGGGUUUGCUCGUGACACGGUGAACAUUCCAGAUUAUGAUGGAUGGACAUCACUCAUGUAUGCAGCAAAGACUGGAUGUGCAGACGCUGUGCAGUCUUUACUGGCUUUCGAAGCUGAGGUCAACAUUCAGGAGCCAAACAAGGGCUACACUGCUCUUUAUCUUGCUGUGAUUGCCAAGUCAUUGGAAAUUUGUCAGUUGUUGGUGGCUUCUGGUGCAAGACUGGAUGUGAUGUGUAGUUCCAAACAUAUUACACCAUUUUACAGAGCAGCCAUGAACAACAGUGUUAACAUUUGUUUAUUGUUUGCUGCACAAGGUGCUGACAUAUGGCAGAGAGAUGUUCAUGGAAACUCUCCACUGGAUCUAAUCGAAUCUCCCAGAUUGCGUAGACAAAUUGAAGAAGCAUCACGAUUAAAGGCACAGACAAGACCACGUAUUCAUGGUCAAACCUCAGAGGGAAGAGCAACAAUCUCUACUGGAUUAAAUGAUUCGAAAUUGCCAGGACGUGUAGUUCGAGUUGGAACUGAUGUACAUGUACCUGCACACUCAACAGAUGAUGAUCUUACUCCUGACAACAUUCACACAAGACCAAUUCAAUUCGUGAACAGUUCAGACAAACCCACAUCUACAGCUCCAACUCCAAGCCAUCAAGAAGUCAUUGCUAAUGUUUCCAGACAAAGGCUAGAUGAUGCUCCACAUCAAAUGCUACAUCUGGAAGAGGCACCAGUGAGAGGCUCACAAGUAAUUGAUAAUCCUGGAAAUCUUCGUCCACCAUCUGAGGCAGCAGCUUCAUAUGGAAGAAUGCAUUCUGGGUUAGAUCAAAGUCAACUGUUCAUUCAACAGCCAAGCAAUCUGUUGCAGAUUGCAGCAGCGCGGGCUACUUUAGCCAUGCAGUCACAUGGACAUCAACACAUGAGAAACAUUAGAUAUCAAAUGGACACUAGAAGACAUCGACAGAAGAAACCAUCUCCAUCAGGUAUCAGUGACAUUACACAUAAUCAAGAAAAUGUGUGGGAACAACUACCACAAGAUCAGAAAACACAAACAGAAGCAAUGUUAAAUCGUAUUGCAAGUAAAGUUGAUCCAAGUAUGUAUUCUGACUUACCAAAAUCUUCUAGUGGUGAAUGUUAUGCUAUGAAUGAUGUGAGAAUUCCUCCAUCUGAUGCAAAUUUAUAUCAACAGUUUAAUAUGAAGCCUGGGGUUAAUGAUCAACUAAGCCCUGGAAAUGAUUCUAUUGCCAAUGGUGCUAAUCUGAUAAAUCAUAUAGCUGACACACCACAAGCUGAAGCAGUAGAAAGUAAUGACUUAAAUUCAGAAGAAGUCAAAAGUUUUGUUGAGAUCACUGAGGAAAAGAAUGAUCCUCUAAACAUACCAAACAGUUACGAACCAGACAGAGUUGUGGUAUCAGACAGAGAUAACAACCAGUCAUCAAGAGGGGACUAUGUUCCCGCGUGGCAGCUGGCAAAGGACGAAGUGAAGACAUCAAAGCUCAUUGGCUCUGGAGGGUUCGGGGAGGUGUUUGAAGGAAAGUGUCGUGGCAAACAAGUUGCAGUGAAAUUGAUGAAGAACAGAGGAGGCGCAUUACAAGACAAAAUUGUCGAGACAUUUUUUUCUGAAGUGGAAAUUAUGAGUAAACUGAAACAUGAAUAUGUCACUGAAUUUGUUGGUGCAUGUUUUGAUGAGGAACUAUACUGCAUCGUCACUGAACUGAUGAGCAGGGGCAGCGUCUUCGAUUUGCUCCAUCAGAAACAUACAAAGUUGCCUUGGCUAAGACGAGUUGCUAUGACAAAUGAUGCAGCCAAAGGAAUGACAUACCUUCAUCGUAAAAACGUUUUGCAUCGUGAUAUGAAGUCCAUGAAUCUAUUGGUCAAUCAUGAGUGGACGGUAAAGAUUGCAGAUUUUGGCUUGACACGAAUCAAGCAGCACACUCAAACGAUGAUGUCAUCAACCAGAGGAACGCCAGCUUAUAUGGCACCAGAGCUGCUGCACAAUCAGAGAGUGUCUGAAAAGAUUGACGUUUAUGCAUUCGGUAUCGUCAUGAGUGAGAUGGCGACUCGUCACAUCCCGUUCGGAGAUCAAAACAUGAACCCACUCCAGCUGAUGUUCGCUGUCUGCCAAGGCGCUCGGCCCAGUCUUCCCUCGCCAGAGAAGGCACCACUUGAGUACACUGACUUGGCACGCCAAUGCUGGCACGAACAACCAUAUCAAAGACCAGAUUUCUCGACUGUUGUCAUACAUCUAAAUCAUAUUCACGAAAUCUUAAAUGAUCCGUCUUCCCCGUUCUCGUGACUGU